GCUGUAACCACGACAACGCUUCCACUCGGGCCACUGUGAUGUCACAGAGCCACACGGCGGCGCGGAAUCGUGCUGGGCGACACCUGUGCGCGCGCGCUCUCUCUCUCACACACGCAGAAAGAGAAAGGGGCUGUGGUCAGUUUGAUCAUUGCUCCUCGCCAUAGGUAAUGUCUGGGAAUAAAAUCAUGAAAUUGGACACAGAGACGCGCUUUCGGAGCUCCGCCCCUAAAUAACAUCAUCAUCAUCAUCAUCAUAGACGGAAAGAAAUAACUGGAGGGCACGAGAGAGGACGCACGCGGACUGUCAACCUGCAGCACGCGCCGCGCCGAACCGUCGCGUUCAUCCAUCACCUCUGAAUAGCUCAGAGGUCAUGAGAAUGACAGGUCUGUUUUAUGUCAGACAGACGGUGAUUAUUCAGGUUCAUGCUGUGAAACUGCUGCGUCGCGCAUGAGAGGGAUGCAGACAUGCUUUUGACUUUGUGCCGUUUCACUGUGACCUUGAAAAUGCAGACGCAGCUGCUAAUAUGAGGAAACCUCUGGUGUGCUGAAGGACAUCUGGAUUCCACAGAUUUAUUGUACAAGUAGCAUUCUCAGCAUGCGCCAAGCCCAACCGUAGUGUAACAAGAGAGCACAUGAGCGUUGAAGCAGAGAGAAUAGUCAUGGCCUCCGACGUGCAGCACCGUCAGAUUGUCUGUGCCCGCCAGCGCUUGUGGAGAAAACUCAGGCCUGCACGGGUGAUCGGCCUCCUCAUCAGUCUCGUAGCAAUAAGUGCAUUGGCCUUCUCAUGGCACUCUACUGCUCAGUGGGAGGGGCUACAGAGCCAUGCUCCACACAGGACACUGCUAUCCACACACCUGAGUUACCACAGUAACCUCUCAGAGGACACGCCCAUAGCCAUGCGCUCGUCCGCAGAGACAAACGAGAGUCAAGGGGACUAUCCGACUGACCUGUUCAGCCUGGAGGACCGUCGGCGCGGCGCUGUCGUGUUACACAUGUUCGGCAUGAUCUACAUGUUCAUUGCACUCGCCAUCGUUUGCGAUGAGUUUUUUGUCCCCGCGCUCACGGUCAUCACAGAGAAAUUCAAGAUCUCAGAUGACGUGGCAGGCGCCACCUUCAUGGCGGCGGGGGGCUCGGCUCCUGAGCUCUUCACCUCUGUCAUUGGCGUAUUCAUUUCCCACAGUAACGUGGGCAUCGGAACCAUUGUCGGCUCCGCAGUGUUCAACAUCUUGUUCGUUAUUGGAAUGUGUGCUGUGUUCUCGAGAGAGAUCCUGAACCUGACAUGGUGGCCUCUUUUCAGAGACGUCUCCUUCUACAUCAUCGGCCUCAUCAUGCUCAUAGUUUUCUUCCUGGAUAACUACAUCACGUACUGGGAAAGUAUCAGCCUGCUGCUUGCCUAUGCCACCUAUGUGGUCUUUAUGAAGUUCAAUGUGACGGUAGAGACUUUCGUCAAGGGCAUCGUAAACAGAAACCAGGUGGUAGAAGUGGAGGCCCAGCCAAAGUUGAGCCCUAGUGGAGUGGAGGAUGACAGCAAACUGUCGGCCAAACCACGGCUGCAGAGAGGAGGAAGCUCCGCCUCUUUACACAACAGCCUAAUGAGGAACAGCAUCUUUCAGCUGAUGAUCCACACGCUUGACCCUCUCAGUGAAGAAUUUGCUGACUCUGAGCUGGGGACUUAUGGCAAGCUAAAAUAUUAUCACUCAAUGAACGAGGAAGGAAAAUUCCGUGAGAAGGCUUCCAUCCUUCACAAAAUUGCCAAAAAGAAAUGCCAGGUGGAGGACUCAAAUGGAGUUGCUGAUAAAAAUCUGCCAAACAGCUCCAGCGUCGAGGUGGACAUGACUCCACCCAUGAAUGGCACCACUGGACAGGAUGGCGAUGCGGGUGAAGAAGAUGACGAGGAGGAUCAGCCUCUUAGCCUGUCAUGGCCAGAGACCAACCGUAAGCGUUUCACGUAUCUCAUCAUCCUUCCCAUAGUCUUCCCUUUGUGGAUAACUCUGCCAGACGUCAGGAAGGCUAGUGCAAAGAAGUUUUUUCCCAUCUCAUUUCUGGGGUCAAUUUGCUGGAUUGCAGCAUUCUCCUACUUGAUGGUCUGGUGGGCUCAUCAGGUUGGAGAGACUAUAGGAAUCACAGAGGAGAUCAUGGGCCUGACAAUUCUAGCGGCUGGAACCUCCAUCCCUGACCUUAUUACCAGUGUCAUUGUGGCCCGCAAGGGUCUGGGCGACAUGGCUGUGUCUAGCUCUGUGGGCUCUAACAUAUUCGACAUUACUGUGGGGUUACCAUUCCCAUGGCUUCUGUACUCCUUUAUAAACAGUAUGAGCCCAGUUAGGGUGAGUAGUAACGGCCUGUUCUGUGCCAUCGUGCUACUCUUCCUCAUGCUCAUCUUCGUCAUCAUCUCCAUUGCCGCCUGUAAAUGGAAAAUGAGCAAACUGCUGGGCUUCAUCAUGUUCCUGCUCUAUAUCGUCUUCCUGGUGGUCAGCGUCCUGUUGGAGGACAAGGUCAUCGUCUGCCCCAUCUCUAUCUAAAGUCUGGUCUCAUUUACACACACACACACACACACACACACACACACACACACACACACACACACACACACACAAGCCAAAAUCAUACCUGCUGACUUUACCACACCUCUAUAGUGAUUUAUUUACUUAUGACCUUAUGACACUUCAGAGUUUCCGGUCGGCAUGUGUGCGUUUAUGGAGUGUUACACACUUAACAAAAAGGUUUUAAUAUUAAUAUUUUUCUUGUUUUCCAAUAAAAAUAUCGAAAUAUCCUUAAGAUAACUGAACUGUCUACUUGUUUUUAGAGAAUAUAUCUUGACUUAAGUUUUUUCUUAUUAUUUCUUAUUUUUUCUUCUUGUUUUAAGAAUAAACAUUGUUAAAUUUUUAAUAAAACAUAUAUAUAUAUAUAUAUAUAUAUGUAUGUAUAUAUAUAAAACCUCAGCUUUUUAUAGAUUUAUUUAUUUAUUUAUUUAUUUAUUUUCAAACAACAUGCAAGUUCAGUUCGCAGUGGUUCGAGAUCCAAAGAGCAACACGGAUGGAGCUCUCUGAAUGAUCUCUGAUUAUUUCUUCACCGGCACGUCAGUGUUUAAUCACUCUGUAGGGAGCACUAAGGAUUUAUAACCAGACAGAUGCUGUGAUUAUAGCAGCCAGCGUUUGGUCAUUUCUCAGUCUCUGUAGGCCAUUUGUUCAUGCUGUGAAUGUGCUGCACUUUUGACUAAUAGCUGGUCUGGAGCAAUCAUUCCUUGAUUUAACUGAUAUAUUCUUCAGAUUGUUUUCACUUUGCAUGAGCUAAUUGGCCAUUGUUCAUUUUCUGAUUUUUUUAAAAUUCUUUCUAUUAUGUUUGUAUGCUAAACACACAUGUUGAGAACAUAAGAAAACUUACUUGUGGUGGUGGUAGUAAAUAGAAGUAGAGUGUAUUCUGCACGUUUGACAAUGCCUGUGUUUUAAUUUUCUUUAUUUACAUAAUAUUAUUCACAUCAUAUAACUAAUGAUGCACCCAGCCAGCAGAUCCAUUCAGCUUUAUAAUAUAGCAAAUAAACAAACAAACAAAAAAGUUUAUUUAAUGUUUAUUUUUUUUAUGAAAUGUAAUUUAUUUUAAUCACAAUGGUAUGCAAAACUAAACUAACCCCAAAACGGAAGAAGUCUGUAAACCAUUACCUCCCUAGGUUUAAUAAAAUGACAGACAAAGAUUGACUGAUGAUGUAUUUUAGAUGCAGUGGAGGUAUUUAUUUAACUUCGGAAAUAAUAAGGCUCUUUUGUUUCAGUUCAUGGUGAAAGUCUGUAAAAUGUAUUGGCUGCCACUUGUCUCUAUUGGAAACAGUGGCAAAGAAUAUUGUAAGGUUUUUUUCUGGAUCCCGGAUGCCAAUCUGGAUUUAUUUAUUUAUUUAUGAUUAUUUAAGGAUAUUAAUUUAUGUAUUUAUUUUUGUUUUGUUUUGUUUUUACAUUUUGCCUGUGUGUCAAGAGGCCAAAGUAGCCAGAUGAAAACUAGGCUACAUUGAAUUUUGAACAUAUUGUUUAACCUGUUAUGUCAUCCUCCCUCUGUAGACGCUGUUUCUAUGCUUUUAUUUCAGGAAAUGACAAAUGAGCAAAAUGACUGCAUGUUGCUUCUCCAAGCAUACAAAAAAAUCUUUAUUAUUCACUCAUUUAUAGAAAAAUCGUGUUAAGUAAUAUUAUAAACACGAUGGAAAUGUGUAGAUGCUUAGGCCUAUAGUCUGUAGUUAAGUGUAAAAGAAAAAAAAAACUAGAAAACAGUAGACAUAUAUCACUCCUAGCUGCUGAAAUGACGGACGUGCAGUGAUUUCCCUAAAUAGUCGGCGUAGCACAAUCCUUGUAUUUGGACUGGAAAUCAGCAAAUUCUGAGAUGGUAAAGUAGGCAAAAUUUCAAAUGCAUGCAUGAAAAUAUGUAGCCUAAUUCAAGAUGUGAUCAUUGCUUUACUGUAUGUUUCAAAGACCAACUAUUUGCAUAAUGAUUUUGCUUUACAAAUAGUUUGGUAACGAAAGAGUAAUGUGCUAGCACUGUCUUAAGUUAUUCUAGAUGAGUAAAAACAGAAGAAUUUAUGAGUAGCGCAAUCCAUGUUACCACUAAGGGUGCUUAGGACUCUUAUCUUUGUAAUCUGUACAGACACAUGCUAAUAUAUAGGCACAUAGACUACUAAUAGCGCAGAACUCGCUGAUAAAGAAUAUUCACAUAACACAUAGGCUACUGUACACUAGCAUAAAACUUCUUCCAAAUAGUUAUUUUAUUUGUGGAGGCAGACGUUUCAUUUGUAUGAAGAAGUAGGCUAAAUGUUGGCUUGACAGAAGUGUGAACGCAGAUGCAUACAGGCAUCUUUAGCAAAUACUGCCCUCUAGUGUGUAAUAAGACUUUAUUUUUGUAUGAAUCUAACUUAAAAAUCUAAACAAAGUUAUAUGUUUACCUUUUGUUCAGUGUUUACUCCACCAACGCCUGUUGUAUCUAUUGAGCAGACAAACACAUGCACUGAAAUGCUUCUCUUUUGCUGUAUAGGGCGUACUAAUUUCUUUCUUUUUUCUUUCUUAUUUAUUUAUUUAUUUAUUUGAAAAAGAAGAAAGUACAAUAUCCCUGUCAGCCCAAUAUGUUAAGAACAUCAUAUUUACUCCUUUAGCUGAAACUACCCUAUUUUUACAAUGCAGAAGUAAGCUAUUUUCUCUUUUCUGUGAAUGUGCAGACUUCAUAGCCACUUAACUCAAAGAAUUAUUAGUACAAUAAAUGGCAACUGUUUAUGCUACAAACCAAUGUGUGUAUAAUUAUGACAAUAUAUUAAAAUAAUAUGGUAAGAAAUACCAGUUUGCAGUAUCAGGCAGCAUAACGAGCUGUUUUGAUACAGCUAAAAAUACCUGGAAGCUGAUGACACCGGAAGCCAGUCACAUUCAGUUUACAAAUGGCCGCUCUUAAAAAUAAGGUGGAUACAAAUCUUAGAUUGCUGGAUGUACAUGUAUCUUUCCAUUUCAGCAGUCCACUUGUUAAAUCUGUAAGGAUUUUCUUUUCUGAACCAAUAAAGUGUAUUUCAGCCGAUCUGGACUGACAAAAUGAAAUUAACGUGCGAAUGUGUAUUAAAUAUAUGAAUGUGGAGAUAUUGAGCUGAACUAAUGCUAUUUAUGAUAUUUAUUAUAUGAAUAAACAUAGAAAAAGUUAAAAUGUUCAAACAUUGAAAGGUUUUUAAUAAUAAAACAUGAUGAAAAUAAAAGGAAAUGUAACUGAUUAAAGCAAUGUAGCUGUUUCUAGGCAUUUAAAAAUGUGUUUUAUUCAAAUGUUUAGCCUACUCAUUUUCUCCCAAAUAUUAAAACUCACAAACCUAACUUGUUACACCAUAUUUAUUUUCCUUAUUGACAUCUGCCUUUUGUAAUUAUUUUGUAUUUUAUUUUAUAUUUGUUUUGUCUUAUAAGAGGGCUGUAGAAAUACACACUUUUCAAGUGCCCCUGCUUUAUCCUGUUCCAUGCUUUCUGGCAGGCUAAGGACUAUUUUCAUUUUUAUUUUUGUUUCGUGUCAAACAUAGCGUCAUUGAUAUGCACUUUGCAUAAUUAUGUGUCUGUUUAUUUAGCCUAUUGUUUGUUUGCUCUGAAUGAGGCUGAAGCUGAAUGCUUGGCCUGAAUUUACACAAAUCUGGAGAUAAUCUUCACUAUUUUUAGACUUUAAAGGAGUGAAAUUGCUAAUUGUGUUCACUUGUUCUCUUUCUGGCCCCUGUCUCUGUCUCCACUGUUGUCUUUGUUUCUUCAUAAAACUGCACUUUUGUACUGAAUCACGAGAUUCACGCCUAGUUAUAGACACGGCAUGUCAACAAUCACUCCAUCACUCAGUGUUUAAUGUUCCAUUUCACUAGUGUUCACGAGUCAUUUCGAAUGUACAUAUAUACAGAUACUAAUACAAUCAGAAUAUAGAGAAACUGUUUAUGUAAAUGCAAAGUAUGUCUAAUAAAAGAAAUAAAGGCAAAUAUAAGGGCAGAUUUUCUGUGGUGAAUGAAGUUUUUCAUAAAAUUAGCAACUGCAAAGAUGUGAAAUAAAGUUGAAACUCACUAACCAACA